UCAGCUGAGGACUGCCUGCUUGGCUGUGCUCUCUGCUCCGGACAUAGUGCUGUAAAAAUGCUGCUCUCUGUGCCGCCAAGGACAGGAUUCAACCCAUACAACGGCUAUACCAGCAGACUUAGUAAAAAGCCGACGUAUGUGUCCUCCAGCCACCAGAUGGCUCCACCCAGCCCCAACCACACCACCAGCAGCAGCAGUAGCGGCAGCCUCAGUGGAGAACAGCUGAGCAAAACKAACCUCUACAUCCGCGGCCUCCACCCGGGAACCACAGAUCAGGACCUGGCCAAACUGUGUCAGCCGUAUGGGAAAAUUGUGUCCACAAAAGCCAUCCUGGACAAGACCACUAACACAUGCAAAGGCUAUGGCUUUGUAGACUUUGACAGUCCGUCAGCGGCACAGAAAGCAGUGACAGCACUGAAGGCUGGUGGAGUCCAGGCUCAGAUGGCUAAGCAACAGGAGCAGGACCCCACUAACCUGUACAUCUCCAACCUGCCUGUGUCUUUGGAUGAGCAGGAGCUGGAGAAUAUACUGAAGCCCUUCAGUCAGGUCAUCUCUACACGCAUCCUCAGAGACGCCAAUGGCACCAGCAGAGGAGUGGGCUUUGCCAGGAUGGAGUCAACAGAGAAAUGUGAGACUAUCAUUCAACAUUUCAACGGCAAAUAUAUCAAGACUCCACCUGGAGUUCCAGUGCCCUCGGAACCCCUGUUAUGUAAGUUUGCAGACGGAGGACAGAAGAAGAGACAGAGCCAGGGAAAGUACCUGCAGCAUGGUCGUCCCUGGACAAGAGAUGGAGAAACGGUGAGUUCUCAUUCAGACAGUAAACAGUCUGCUAUCGUCCCCGUAGCCUCUCAUUUUAUCAAGGCUGUUCAGGUCAUUUUAUCAAGGCUGUUCAGGUCAUUUUAUCAAGGCUGUUCAGGUCAUUUUAUCAAGGCUGUUCAGGUCAUUUAUCAAGGGCUGUUCAGGUCAUUUUAUCAAGCUGUUCAGGUCAUUUUAUCAAGGCUGUUCAGGUCAUUUUUAUCAAGGCUGUUCAGGUCAUUUUCUACUCCUAUCAAGUACAAUAUGUUAAAGCUAGUAUUGUCUGUCUGUUCCAACUUCUAUCUGGUGAGUAUUUCUCAGUCAAAUGCAGGGGCUCCCAAGUGGCACAGCAGUCUAAGCACUGCAUUGCAAGGAUGUAUUUCUUAUUUUGAAAAUCUGCAAAAAUCAAUCUUAUGUUGUGUCUUCACUCUGCUGCAGAUCCACAGUCCACAGUCCUGGAUGCAUCAUCAGUCGUACCUCAUGCAGACCUCAGGCCAACUCCUGACACAGGGCAUGGACCACACCAUGUCCAUCCAGCCCACCUCUAUGAUGGGGCCUCCCACACAGCAGCUCAGCCACCUCUCUAUGGGCAGCAGUGGCACGUACAUGCCAGCAAACACAUCAAUGCAAGGGACCUACAUCCCUCAGUACACCCAAGUGCCCCAAACCAACGUUUCAGUCGAGGUUGCCCUGGAGACGCCCACAGAACACCCAGACUACUCCUACCAGCACAGCAAGUGAAGAGGAGACACUGGUGGGUUUACUAGAGUCUGUCUCCUGGGCAACCUGCCGUCCGUACAGCUCAGCUCAUAGUGACUCUGGGCAGUACACACCAGACAGACGGAGGAAUACGGACCAGACUGUCACACUAAAGACAAAAGGAUAUUUUCAAAUCAGAGGUUAUGGUAAACUGUUGGACACGUGGAACAUCUAUUUUGAUAACAGAACAUGACUCUAUAGUCGAAGAAAGAGAAAAACACACCACACACACACACAUUAUUUUCUGUGCACGUAUUAACAAAUUAUUUUUCACACUAGUCUGGGGAGAAUGAAAACCAGCAAUAUAAGUUACACCACCAUGUGUCAUUUUAGUCGUCCUUUAGUUUUACUUUUACAUUUUUUAUAUGCAGAUUUUUUUGGGUCAUGUUAUUUUUAAGCUUUCGUCAGUUUGUUUUUGUUGCACAGAUUCAAAAAGUAAAUGAUCAUUGAUUUGUUUCUUAAUUUCACAAUGCCAUUGUUGUUUUUGUUCACUUCACGCUGCUUGUUUUAAUUGUGUAAUUGUUUGAAGAGAGAAGGCUGAACAAACUGCUCAAGUUACUUAGAUGUGUGUCAAAUCUGGUGGUAUCAACUGUUUUCUCUCUAAAGGAACAAGUAUUGCAGGAGAAUGAAACAUUAUUGGAAGUGRUCUUACUGUUUCAGCACUUGGGUCCCUAGUUAAAAUUGUCACAAUUUAAAUAGAUAUUUAGAAAGAACGCUUAAGACAAUCAAAUAUAUUUGAAAUUAUUAUUUCCAGAUUCUGGCCAAUUAUAAUACAACUAUACAGGGAAAAUGAAAAAUAUACACACAAUCAAAUUUGACAGAGUAAUUUAGUUGUUGGUUAUAUUUUGUGAAUUUAUUGCUAAAUUGCUCCAAUGCUACCCAACAACAUAAAUAAGUCUUUCAAUUUGGUUUUAGUGGGUUAAGCUGCUACCGUUUAAGCUGCUACCGUUUAAGCUGCUACCGUUUAAGCUGCUACUCUUAGGAGUUCAUAUCAUUGAGUGUUGAGCUAGUAGUUUAAAGAAGUAAAUUAGAGAUCCAAAAAGUAUGGCCAGUACUGAGAUACUUUGUCUUUUUGAUUCCAGCUUUCUCUCUGUCUGUUUGUUGAUUCCUCUGUUUUUGUUUGUUUGUUUUGAUUAUGAGUGAAAAUGUUGUUUAUUUAAAGAAAGUUUUCUUGAUAAAAAAAAUAAAAUCAGUUUAGUACUUUUAAGAUUGAUCAAUGUUAUUUUUGGUAGUAUGCAUUGAGUAGGUACAUGUUUCCUUGGACAGUAGAUUCAAGUGAAAAAAAUAUAUUUGUUGGCUUUUUCUUUUGUCUGCCAUUACUGUCAUUUGUGUUUUGGGUUGUGACUACAAGGAAUACAGCUACGACCGGAAGUUAAUUUUCGUAGCAGCUUAGAACAUUUUAGCUAACCCUAACCCUUUUCCUAACCUGCCACGAUAAUUAUCCUAACUUGCUUCGUAAAUUCUCCUAACCUGAUACGAAGAAGGCACUUCCAGUCAUAGCAGUAUUCCUGCUAGUGAGAACUGUGUUUUUGUUUUUCUCCAUCUCUGGUUUUAUUUUCAAUCACAUGGAAAAGGCUUUAAAUGUUUGAGAUUUCCAAUCCGUCUGUGUCAACAGGUUUUGGCACUUUCACACUGGUGUGCUUACUGCUCAUCAGUCCAAGAUAAUGUGUUAUACCUCUUACAAAUAAUUUCUGAAAUGUGUCCCAAAUUGUAAUCAUUCAGUCAGUCAGCGGUUAGGGAAUAGUGUCUGAAAAGUUAUAUUACCUCCUUGAGCAAUGUAGAACCAAUGUUAAUGUGCAAGGUUCUGAGAUGUUUGAGGUCACAACUUCCAUGGUUCUCAAGGCGGCUCUCAGUCACAGCAGGUACUGUGUCCAUAUCCUCACUCUUCUGUCCUAUGUUCAGAAACUAGGCCACCAUCCGAGGUCCAACCUCUAAUCCGACUGUUAUUUCUCAAAAUGGCCAGUGAUCUAUGCAAUUAAUUUAUUGUCUACAAUAAUGCAAUACUUAUAUUUCAGGUGACAACAAUGGACUGUUUGUCAAUAGUGACUUUUGAAACACAAAUGUAUCAUUCUGCUAUCAGUGGCUUUCAUUUGAGUUUAACUUAAUCCAAAACCUCUAGUUGUGAGACUAUCAUUGUUGUCAUAGUGACAGUGAGAUGGCUGCAUAAAAGGGAAUGGUUCAUGAGAUUGGAGCAAAUCCCUCAGCUAUCUUGCAAAAGGCCUCACACCAUCUCCUAACAAUGGUACACAGACUACCUUGUCCAUCCAGAUAGGGUCCUUAUAGUUGGUUAACCAAAUAUUAGUAGAUUUUUUUGGUUUGUUACCAAAGACGACUUCCGGUAGGCAUUUGAACAUUUCUUCUAAGUCAUCAAUGCUGUAGAAUAAAUCUGUAAUUUGUUU